AUGAAGGCAAAAUAUGCAGGAGAUAAUCAACCAAUCCCCCAUCAUCAGUCAACUAUUGUACAUAUCACUGUUCGAUUUGUUGAGUGGCACGACGAAGCCGAAUACCAGGAUAUUUCACAUCAUAAAGUUGAAAAUGUCAUUUUUAUGACAUGA